AUGCAUUUGAAGCAGAUUUUCGUACUGUUCGCUCUGGGCCUGGCGAUGGCCCAGGCAGUUCCAACGUCGAAGAUCGACGGGAUCCUAGAAGAGGAGAUACUGAAGUUGGCAAAAGAGGCGAAAGACCAGGAGAGAUCCAAGAAGUCGGUGCUCUUCUUGAAUCAGCCUGCAGCGGCCGUUGCGGGUCAGACUCUAAUCCAGGUGCCUGGACAACCAGCUCAGUUCCUUAAUAUCCAAUCGGUGCCACAGACUGUCGAAACUCUGAGCAUACAGUCCAACGGUCAGCCAGCUCAACUUUUCAAUAUUCAAUCGGUGCCACAGACUGUCGAAACACUAAAUAUACAGUCUAACGGUCAGCUAGCUCAACUUCUCAACAUCCAAUCGGUGCCACAGACCAUUGAAACUCUGAAUAUUCAACAACCAGUCCAAACUCUCAGCAUCCAAGCUAACGGACAACCAGCUCAGUUCCUGAAUAUUCAGUCUGUGCCGCAAACUGUUGAAACCUUGAGCAUCCAAUCCAAUGGCCAGCCAGCUCAACUUCUCAAUAUCCAAUCCAGCCCGCAAACUGUGGAAACUCUGAGUAUCCAACAACCUGUUCAAACUCUCAGCAUCCAGUCUAAUGGUCAAUCAGCUCUCAACAUUGCUCCGCAGACUGUCGAAACUUUGAGCAUCCAAUCAAAUGGCCAACCAGCUCAACUUCUCAAUAUCCAGUCUGGUCCACAGACUGUCGAGACUCUUAGCAUCCAGCAACCUGUUCAAACUCUCAGUAUCCAGUCUAAUGGUCAAUCAGCUCUCAACAUUGCUCCGCAGACUGUCGAAACUUUGAGCAUCCAAUCAAAUGGCCAACCAGCUCAACUUCUCAAUAUCCAGUCUGGUCCACAGACUGUCGAAACCUUGAGUAUUCAAUCCAAUGGUCAACCAGCUCAACUUCUCAAUAUCCAAUCUGGCCCACAGACUGUCGAGACCUUUAGCAUCCAGCAACCUAUUCAAACGUUGAGCAUCCAGUCAAACGGUCAACCAGCUCUCAAUAUCCAGUCUGCUCCGCAGACUGUCGAAACAUUGAGCAUCCAAUCCAAUGGUCAGCCAGCUCAACUUCUCAACAUCCAAUCUGUCAAUCCGCAGACUGUCGAAACUCUGAGUAUCCAGCAACCGCUUCAAACCCUCAGCAUCCAUGCUAACGGCCAGCCAGCUCAGCUGCUCAAUAUUCAAUCGAGACCUCAAACUGUCGAGACACUCAGCAUCCAACCGGGAGGACAGAUUCAAACUUUGAACUUCGCCGAUGGUCAACCAAGCGCUACGGUGAUCACUCAACCGGGUUCGUCGGUCAUGGAGAUCAUCCAACCGGCUCAAGCUCUGCCAGCGCAGACGAACGUGAACAUUGUCCAACCAUCGGUCUCUGUCAAGGAAUCUAUGACGGUGCCUGGUGGCGCAGUCGUCGAGACCAUCACCCAGGAAAUUGUCAACCCGAUAACGGAGGAAGUGGUUGUACCAGGUUACAGAGAGCAGGUGGUCGUUUCGCCGUCGAAGUCUUUUUUUGUGAUGGACCAGGAGACGCUGAACUCCUAUGUGAACGUCCCUCAAAUACAACUGUACAACCCGCGAGUUCUCGCCGCGGUAAGGCCAAGCAACGUGGUCGUGGAGGAGCCACUGCGCGUCGUAAAGGAAAGCGUGGUCGACACGGUGGUGCCAAGCAGAAUGCUGGGUGGUCGAAUGCUGGAGUCAAUGAUCUCGCGCGUGGUUUAA